AUGGAAAAGGAAAACCAAACCAGUGUCUCUGAAUUUCUUCUUCUGGGCUUCUCAAAUUGGCUAGGACAGCAGGAACUUCUCUUCAUACUUUUCUUGUGUCUUUAUUUGACCGGGCUGUUUGGAAACUUACUCAUUCUGCUGGUUAUUGGCGCAGACCAUCGCCUACACACACCUAUGUAUUUUUUUCUUGCCAAUUUGUCCUUUGUUGAUCUCUGCCUUGCUUCAGCUACAGUCCCCAAGAUGCUAGCAAACAUCCAAACCCAGACACAAUCCAUCUCCUAUCCUGGAUGCCUGGCUCAGAUGUAUUUCUGUAUGAUGUUUGCCAACAUGGACAAUUUUCUUCUCACGGUGAUGGCAUAUGAUCGAUAUGUAGCCAUUUGUCAUCCCUUGCAUUACUCCACCAUUAUGACCCAGCGCCUCUGUGCCUCACUGGUGGCCAUACCUUGGGUCAUUGCAAUUUUGAAUCCUCUCUUACAUACUCUCAUGAUGGCUCGCCUGCACUUCUGCUCUGACAAUGUCAUCCACCAUUUCUUCUGUGAUACCAACUCUCUCCUUCCUCUCUCCUGUUCAAAUACCAGUCUGAAUCAGUUGAUGGUUCUGGCUGUGGUGGGGCUUAUCUUUGUGAUUCCUUCAAUGUGCAUCCUGGUAUCCUACAGUCGUAUCAUCUCUGCUGUGAUGAAAGUUCCUUCUGUCCAAGGAAAACUCAAGGCUUUCUCCACCUGUGGAUCUCAUCUUGCCUUGGUUAUCCUUUUCUAUGGAGCAAUCACAGGGGUCUACAUGACCCCUUCCUCCAGCCAUUCAACUGAAAAAGACUCAGCUGCAUCAGUAAUUUUCAUGAUCAUAGCUCCUGUGUUGAAUCCCUUUAUUUACAGCCUCAGAAACAAUGAGCUCAAAGAGGCUUUAAAAAAGAGCCUAGGUCACCACAAAAUAUUUUCCCAAUGA